AUGUUAGCGGUGGGACAGAUGGAUGCUAAUCGCCAGAGCGCAUUCGUCCUUAGCAGUGCGCCUCUAGCCGCGCUGCACAACAUGGCCGAGAUGAAGACCUCCCUGUUCCCCUACGCCCUGCAGAACCCCUCCGGUUUCAAGGCGCCGGCCCUGGGCGGACUCAACACUCAGCUCCCCUUGGGGACACCGCACGGAAUCAGCGACAUCCUGGGGCGGCCCGUGGGCAGUGCCAGCAACCUGCUGGGCGGCCUGCCCCGCAUCAACGGGCUGGCGGCCUCGGCCGGGAUGUACUUCAGCCCCGCUGCCGUCUCCCGCUACCCGAAGCCGCUGGCGGAGCUGCCGGGACGGCCGCCUAUUUUCUGGCCGGGAGUGGUGCAAGGCUCUCCCUGGAGAGACCCCCGGCUCACCUGUCCCGCUCAGACUGGGAUGGUUUUGGACAAGGACGGCAAGAAGAAGCACUCUCGACCGACUUUCUCUGGGCAGCAGAUAUUCGCUUUAGAGAAAACCUUCGAACAGACAAAAUACUUGGCAGGACCGGAGCGCGCCCGGCUCGCCUACUCCCUGGGGAUGACUGAGAGCCAGGUGAAGGUUUGGUUCCAGAACAGACGGACCAAGUGGCGGAAGAGACACGCGGCAGAGAUGGCCUCGGCAAAGAAGAAGCACGACUCGGAGACAGAGAAGCUGAAGGAGAGCUCGGACAAUGAGGACGAUGACGAAUACAACAAGCCCCUGGACCCCAACUCAGACGAUGAAAAAAUCACGAGGCUAUUGAAAAAGCACAAAUCCACGAACCUGUCCCUCGUCAGCCCCUGCAGCACCAGCUCGGAUACGUUGUGA